AUGUCAGUCUUUUGCUUGUCACUGUACCGGUGCGUGCUCAAGCAAACAUUACCGGAGAGGCGUAUUUUAGUUUUAGCGCAUUGUUUUAAAGCGCACUCAUUCAUCUCAAGGAAAGACUUUUCCUACAGUAUGGCAGCUUACGCAGGUCACAAAUUGAGAUGGAACCUUACACCCGAAAGUAUAGAAAAAGAAGCCAUAAGCCUUAUUGAGAAAUCAAAAUCUGUCUACGACACUGUUGGUUCCUUAAAUAAAGACAACAUCACAUAUGACAGUGUUGUAAAGGCUUUAGCAGACAACGACUGUGAGUAUGCUGUGCUGAGGAACAAUUUGGACUUCAUGCAACAUGUAUCUUCCAAUAAGGAGCUCCGUGAUGCAAGUGUAGCUGCUGACAAAAAGCUAUCAGACUUUGAUGUUGAGAUGAGUAUGAGAAAAGAUGUCUUUGAUUCUGUUGUUGACUUCCAAGAAAAGCAAUCAGAUGGAUUGAAACCAGAGGCUGCAAGAUUUGUGGAGAGGAUGAUUAAGUAUGGCAAGAGGAAUGGACUUCACUUACCUAAAGAAACUCAGGAUGAAAUUAAAAGCAUCAAAAAGAGAAUGAGUGAACUUUCUAUAGACUUCAGCAAAAAUUGCAAUGAGGAAAACACUGUUUUGGAAUUUGCUGAAGAAGAUUUAGCUGGUCUAACAGAAGACUUUAUAAAGAGUUUAGAAAAGACUGAUGAUGGAAAACUUAAAGUGACAUUAAAAUACCCUCAUUACUUUCCCUGUAUGAAAAAAGCAAGGAACCCAGCCACCAGAGAAAGGAUGGAAACAGCUUUUAAUUCCAGAUGCAAAAAUGAAAAUGGACCAAUUUUGGAAGAACUUGUGCGUCUAAGACAUAAGAAAGCCCAGCUGUUGGGCUAUCCCACCCAUGCAGCCUUUGUACUUGACAUGAGGAUGGCUAAGAAGCCUGAAAGUGUUGCAUCUUUCCUCAAGGAUCUGACCUCCAAGUUACAGCAGCUUAAGGCAGAAGAAAUGAAACUUUUCUUGGAAUACAAGAAGGAAGAAUGUGAGAAGUAUGGGUUCCAGUUUGACAAUACCAUUCGUUACUGGGACUUGAAGUACUACAUGACAAUGUCAGAGGAGAAGAAAUAUGCCGUGGAUCAAAACAAACUCAAGGAAUAUUUCCCUAUGCAAGUUGUUACCAGUGGAUUACUGGACAUUUACCAGGAGCUCCUCAGCCUGAAGUUUGAGAAGUUGGAUGGUGCUCCAGCAUGGCAUGAAGAUGUUACCAUGUACAGUGUUACCUGUAAUGAAUCCAGAGAACUGUUGGGAUACUUUUACCUGGAUCUUUACCCAAGAGAGGGGAAAUAUGGCCAUGCAGCAUGUUUUGGACUUCAGCCUGGAUGUGUACAGUCCGAUGGGGAGAGACAGGUGUCUGUAGCUGCAAUGGUGGCCAACUUCACCAAACCCACAGCAGACAAACCCUCUCUACUAACUCAUGAUGAGGUAGAGACUUACUUUCAUGAGUUUGGUCACGUCAUGCAUCAGAUCUGUGCCAAGGCAGACUUUGCAAUGUUCAGCGGUACCCACGUGGAACGUGACUUUGUGGAAGCUCCAUCUCAGAUGUUGGAGAACUGGUGUUGGGAGAAGGAGCCAUUGUCCCGGAUGUCCUCUCACUACAAAGAUAACAGUGCCAUUCCAGAGGAACUGCUCGGCAAACUCCUCCAAAGUCGCAUUGCGAAUGCAGGAGUUUUCAACCUUCGCCAAAUCUUGCUUGGCACCUUUGAUCAAACUAUUCAUACACAGGCAGAGGCUGAUACAGCUACAUUGUUUGCCAGUCUUUCUAAGGAAAUUCUAGGUAUUGAGUCGACAGUGGGAACUAAUAUGCCUGCUUCAUUUGGUCAUCUGGCAGGAGGAUAUGACGCUCAGUACUAUGGAUACUUGUGGAGCGAGGUUUUCUGCAUGGAUAUGUUCUACUCACGGUUCAGGAAGGAGGGUAUCAUGAGCCCCAAGGUUGGAGGUGACUACAAGAAAUAUAUUCUACGCCCUGGUGGCUCCAUUGAUGCUGCUGACAUGCUGCGGAACUUCCUUGGGCGUGACCCCACACAAGAGGCCUUUCUUAUCAGUAAGGGUCUUCAGUCCUCUACAAAUCUCUAAGCUGUCAUCGCUGACAUGUAUAGCAAUCAGGGAAUUCUUGUAAUAGACAUGUACAAGUAUCUUUGAUUACAAAGCAGAAAAAUUAAUUUCACAAGUUAAUGAAGUAAUUUUUUGUUGUUAAUUUAUAUUCAAGUCACAACUGUGAUAUGACCAACUCAGUUUUGUUCUUCAAGUAUUUGUGAAUAGAACAUUUUAGAGUUUUCACAGAUUAUAUAAAUACUAAAUGCUAAUUCUGUCUUAUGUUCUAUAACUAAUGAAAUCCAUGUCAGUGCAUUAUGUAAAUUUCUAAAUGUUAGAAUCUUAACUUUUUUCUCUAAUGGUAUGAAAGAAUCAUGAAAGCAAUCCCUAUCAAAAGAUACAGUAAUUCUACCUAGUAUAUCUAAGUCAAUAAUCAUGAUAUACUGAAAUCAGGUAUAUACAUGUAAUAUACCAGAAACUCACAUAUAUAAAGCAAAAGGAAUAACAGAAUGAAACUUUAAGCACUAGAAACUGUUAUAUUAACAAAAUGAUCAAUGAUACACUGUAAACUGUUAUAUUAACAAAAAGAUUCAUGAUAUACUGUAAACAGUUAUAUUUACGGAAAGAUACAUGAUAUACAACUUGUACUAGAACUUUAUUAAUAAUACUUUUGCCUUCUUCAUUGACUGAAUGUCAUUAUCAUCAGCACUUUUGUAGAUAUUUGUCAUAUGCAAGUCGUUUUCAUGGAUCAUAUUUCAUUAUGUGAGAAUAUUUAAGAUAAAAAAUUGGUAUUUAAAUUUCAAUGAAUGUGUUUAAGUGCUCUAAAAGUA